AUGAGCGGACCAACAGCUAAGAGCAAGAGAGGGCCGACUGUGCUCAUGACAGAUGCCCGCGACACGGCACCUCGAGCACCCCAACGACCAGGCGUGGGGCAGAGACAGGCGACGGGCGCGCGAUUGAUCUCGGUCGACAACAUCCUGCAGUACGCCUCGGACAUUCCCUCGCAACAGCAGCGACGCGGCCCGCCUGGCAGCCGACCCAUGAUGCACACGCGCACUCCCAGCGGACGGCAUCCGCUCGACCCCAGACUCUCCGGUCGCCUGAUACCCCAGCACAUGCCCACCCGAUCGAGCAAGCUCAGCGAAAAACUCGUGCUUCUGCCCGAGACGGCAGGACAGGACGACGACGAGAAGGGCGACUUUGACCAAGACGAGUACGAAGGCCCGCCCACCGACGAAGACCUCGCGCGACGGACCCCCAAAGGCGGCCCCAACGACAAGAGCUAUGCAGAGCGACUGCCCAAGGCCAAGCGUACGGACAAGCUCUCGCGCGUCACCGCCUACUGCACCGCCCAAGCCUACAAGAUGAAGAGCACCGCCCAGUUCGUCAAGGACACACACAAUGCCCGCACCAAGCUGUACGACGACUGUCUCUACACCGUCUACCAUCUCCCGCUGUUGCCCGGCAGCGACGGCUACCGGGUGCGCAGUAGCCCUGCGCUCAAGAGCCCGGGCGGAAAGACGGUGCUCGACGAAGAGAUCGAGCGCAACGAGCAGCGCGACCACCACGAAGGCUACUUUGGCGACGACGAGACCUACUACGUACGCGACGACCACGAGCUCGACCAACCCUGGGACGGCAUGCACCAUCGCCGAGACUCGACCGAGAACUCCAGAAUUGCGCCCAACGCCCUGACCUUUGGCGAGAUGUUCGUCUUCUCGUACGGCGUCGUAGUCUUUUGGAACUUCACCGAGAAGCAGGAGAAGGACAUUCUGGCCGACCUCACAUUUUCCGCUAUUGCUACCGGCAUCUCCAUCGCAACACGACCCUUGACCGAGUCCGACUUUGAGACGGAAGAGUUCCAUUUUGAAUACAACCCAGAAAUCCAGCGCCCGCGUGUGUACAACGACAUGAUUACGCUCAAGAGCGGGGAUCAUAUGAUCAAGCUAGCCAUGAGCCACGCCAUUGCACAGAGCACCAAGCUAAGUCUCUUCGAAGAAGGUAUGAGCCGGACCAUGCUGGCUGCGCAAUACGUACCCAAACGCUUAGCGUUGACGGGCAAACUGGGCAUGGGCAGGACAGACGUGGUCAAGAUGAUUGGACAGCUCUUCACCAGCCGUGUGGAAGUGAAUCUAUCAUCGAAUAUGCUCGACACUCCAAGCUUCUUCUGGGACUCGGAGCCUACCCUCCAUCCGCUAUAUACCGCUGUGCGCGAAUACCUCGAGAUCAAACCCCGUAUCCAAGUUCUCAACGAGCGCUGCCAGGUUUUCCUUGAUCUGGGUGAGAUUCUAUCUGAUUCCAUUAGCGAUAAGAAGAUGACCAAGAUCACGUGGAUUGUCAUUGCGCUCAUUGUGCUGAGUAUCUGCAUAACGUGUCUGGAAGUGCUUCUCCGAUUCGCCAUUCUACAAAAGGUACCAACCAUGAGGCUGCUGACCUUCUUCCUUAACCCCGUCGCACUCACAGGCUACGUCCUUCCUUGCGUAGGCGCCCACAAAGAAAGCAAAGCCGACCGCAUAGCAGACGUGCAUAGGAACUUCGAACCCCACACAUGGGAGCAACAAAUAGUAAACCGCAUGGUCUUUAAGUAUUCCCUUGAUGAUUUCAUGGUCAUGUGGAAGAGACGUGUGGGAGAGUACGGAUUUACUAAUCUAUCCUGGCGGAGUGACGCCUGUACUGGUGUUGAUGAUUCGCCAUUUGGCUGGGACUUCAAACCAGCUUGUAUACGCCAUGAUUUCGCGUAUGAGAACUUUCGGCUUCAGCAUCGGCUCAGUCACGAAGCUCGUAAGAAAAUCGACGUCCACUUCAGGGACGACCUCUACUAUAUCUGUGAAAGGCGUUCCAAUACCAAGGCCUGCAGGGUGUCAGCCAAAAUCUACUACGCCGGAGUCAGGUUGUGGGGCAAAAACCAGGAGAAUGCGUUUUUCACCAUCAACGCUAUUGUCGCCAACGACGCCCCUGUGAAAGCUUCCGACAGUAUCUCCACGACAGCUGCCACCAUCAACACAACCUCCGAAGAUACUAAUACUACCAACACCACCCACACGAAUACUGCUGGUCUCGACGAUGCACAAAGAGAUAUUCGUAGCAAAGAAAAAGUUGCUAUCAUGGCCUGGCUUGGCGAACUGACGCAUGCAGAGCUGCUGAUGGAAAUGCCAGAGAUGCAUUUGGAGUAUUUAAGCAAGUCACUCGAUGACUGGGUGGAAGCCAUUGAGAGAGUGUGA